CUGAGUGUGCAGAUUUUUUGCAACACUGCCCUUCGCGGUGAAUGACAAAUCGGCUUUGUCGGCAUUUUUUCGGGAACGAGCGCAGUUUAACACCCCAAACACAAAAUCAUGGAGCCCUCGCUGGAUAACUUCAAGCUGAGCUGCGAGCUACUGGGCCACAGCAUGGACGUGCGAGCGGUGGCCGUGGCAGGCAGCGUCCCGGACGGCGGAGGUCAGAUCAUUGUGUCUGGCUCGCGGGACAAAAGUGCGAAGCUCUGGCGGCCAAGCGGAAACGAGUAUUUGGAGAGCCUGACGCUGCAGGACCACAAGAACUUCAUCUCGUACAUCUACUUCCUGGAGUCUGAGCAGUGGAUCUGCACGGCCAGCAACGACGCCACCAUUUGCAUUUACAAGCAAGAAAACGGUUUUGUGCCCUUGCUGACCCUAAAGGGGCACACUUCUACGGUCUGCGCUUUGGCCGGUGCACUGCAGCCACGCAGCCUGAUCAGCGGCAGUUGGGACAAGACGGCCAGGGUGUGGAACAUCAGCGAGACGGGUGAGGUUACCUUCAUUGCGCUGGAGGGCCAUGAGGCGGCCGUUUGGGCCGUAACUACGCUGCCGGAACAGCGGAAAUACGUGACUGGAGGAGCAGACAAGAACAUCUACUACUGGAGCGAGAAGGGCGAGAAGCUGAGGCUGCUCAAGGGGCACACGGAUUGUGUGCGCAGCCUAAUUGGCCUGGAGGCCAACACUCUGCUCUCCUGCGGAAACGACGCCAUCAUCCGCUUCUGGAACGAGGACGGGGAGUGCGUGCGCCAGCUGAGCGGGCACAGCAACUACAUCUACGCGAUGGCCAGGAAUCAGGCCUUGGGAGAUCAGGUUGUGGUGUCCUGUGGCGAGGACAGCACGCUGCGAAUGUGGAACGUAAUCACCGGCAGCGAACUGGGUGCCCCUAUCCUGCAUCCAGCGAUUUCUGUGUGGUCUGUGGCGUGCCUAAAGAACGGAGACAUCGUCACCGGCUGCAGCGAUGGUGUGGUGAGGGUCUUCACCCAGGUGCCAGCUCGCCAGGCGGGCGAGGACACACUCAGGGCCUUCGAUUUGGCAGUUGCCACUAGGAAGUCUCAGAUGACCGAGGAAAUUGGGGGUGUCAAGAAAACGGAUCUUCCAGGUCCGGAGGCCCUGCUCUCGAACGGAACCCGUGAGGGGCAAACGAAGAUGGUGCGACAUCCGGACGGUUCCGUCAAGGCCUACAGCUGGGACAUGGGUAACUGGAAUCUAAUAGGAGAUGUGACUGGAGCAACUGGCGGCACACAGGCCAGUUCCGGCAAGAAACUGUACGAGGGCAAGGAGUACGACUUUGUGUUUAAUGUGGACAUCUCCGAUACGGCACCACCUAUUAAGCUGCCAUACAACCGGGGCGAGGAUCCCUGGCAGGCGGCCCAGGCCUUUAUCCAUCGCCACGAACUCCCUCAGGCUUACCUCGACCAGGUGGCCAACUUUAUAGUGAAAAACUCUGAGGGUGCUGCGCCCGUUGUGCAAAGUCAAGCGCCCAGUGGCUACCAGGAUCCGUUUACUGGCGGCUCUCGUUACGUUCCCGGCUCGAGCAACACCAACAUGCAGAGCGGCGGCAAUGUGGAUCCCUUCACGGGCUCCUCAAGCUACUCCACGGGCAGCAACAGCAAUUCCCAGUCGCGCGUUGACGUGAACUUUGUGCGAUCCGGGGACAAGCACUUCCCCGUGAGCAGCUACCGCACCUUUGACACCUGUGAUGCUAGCAAAGUUUUGGAGAAAAUGAAAGAAUUCAAUAACAAACUAACGCCAUCCGAUGGAAAAGUUGGUGAGGAGGUCCUACUGGCUGUCAUCAAACUCACGGAGCCGUCACCAGAACUGGAUUUGACCUCGCUCGAAGCCUUGAUCAUCCUGCUGAAGUGGCCUGCGGCCAUGCUCUUUCCGGUGCUGGACAUCCUGCGCCUGGCCGUCCGCAACGAGGCCAUCUUCAGUGUCUUGAACAACAGCCACAGCUUCCUGGGCAUCGUGAUUCCUCAGUUAGCCGGAUCUGCUGCAAACCAGUUGAUGGUUGUGCGAUGCCUGGCCAAUAGCUUGGGCCACGCUGCCGGACGGCAGCAGGUUGAGAGCCGCCUGCCGCAGAUCAUCGAGCUCAUUGCGGGCAUCAGGGCGGGCAGUGCCAACCUCCAGAUUGCUGUGGCCACUUUCUACCUAAACGUGACCAUAGCACAGACACUGGGAGUGGCCAAGUCGGAGGUGUGCCAUCAGGUCACCUCCGGAGUGGUGGAGCUGCUCAAGUGGGCCAAGGACCUGGAAGCCUGCUACCGUUCCAUGCAGGCCAUCGGCAACCUGACUACCACUCCCUGCGGCCAGGAGACCAUCGCCCAGGUAGUGUCCGUGGACUAUGUGAUGGACAAGCUGAGGGAGCUGUCCAGCACUCCGCAGGGCGAAAACUUUAGCAAGGUGAAUUCGGCGGGCAACGCCCUCUUGGCCGCCUUCUAGGAUCGGAUCUCCGCAGCACACAGGGCACUAACUAUCAGUCAAAAUUAUAUUAAUGGGAGAGAUGUGGAGUUUUUUCUAAAUACAAAAUAUUAACGAUA